AUGUCUCUCUACUACAAUCUUAUUUUUGCAAUUCUUUCCGCUGAAAUUAUACUUUUUACCAUAAUUUCUCUUCCAUUGCCUUCCAAAUUAAGAGCUCCUUUGCUCAACGCCAUCUCUAAACCUUUCCAGUCCGUGCAAGUCCAGGUAUCUAUUAAAUCUAUUCUUAUCUUCAUAUUAAUUCUCUUCAUCGAUGCCUUCAACAAAUGUUACUCAAUUGAACAGCAACUUAAAGAAAUCCCUCCAGGCGCCCCCUAUGUCGAUCGUUCCGAGAUCCAAGCUAAAAGAUUCUAUGCCCAAAGAAACUUAUAUUUGACCGGGUUCACAUUGUUUCUUACCUUAAUCACCAACAGAACCUAUUCUUUGGUGGGUGAAUUGAUUGAAGUCAAAAAAACUGUGAGGGGCGGUGCUUUGGUUGAUGAUAAAGCCCUUGUUGAAUUAAAGGAAGAACUCAAGGCUAAAAAUGAGGAAAUCAAUUCACUUAAAGAAAAGGCCAAGGAAUUUUCUGAAGAGUACGACAAGAUCUAA